AAAAAUACUGUGGUCCUGAAUAUUUGAAAAGGGCAGCUUCUACUGAUGUUUCAUUUCUGAGUUUUUUUGCUGUUUGCACUGUUUACGUUAAGUGUUAAAUGUUGUUGCACUUCUUAGAGCAAACAGCGCAUUUAAUUCUCUGAAGGCCCGAAAUGGUGUGGUGUGAUGAGGGAAGACACUCUGUUUGUGUCUGUCCCUUUUGCGUUCUGAAGAACAGAACUGUAUCAGGGAGGAUAGGUGCUGCUUUUUUCUGGUUGUGUGCUGUAGCAUGAGUACUAUAAUGGUGCGUUUUGUCUAGAUAUUUACUACAGUCUGUGUAAGAAUGCACAUAGGAGGCUGUGAUGGGAUAAGCAGGGUAUCGGCAGCCUUGUUACUGUCAGCUGCUGUUAAAUGCUCUGUGCUUCUGAAAAUGAGCCAAAGUGUCCUCAGUGCUGUUUUGCGGACUCUGUCGCGUAUACAUUAUAUCUCAUAUACACUAUGGUAUGGAAAUGCAGGAGUACUUAAGCUGAAUAAUGCUUGGGUCUUCUAAUGUGGUGGGUUUAUAAUAUUUUACAGCUUGCCUGUGCUGCCUGUUCUUAUCUCCCGCUUCCAUUUUGGUUCUCAGGGUAGGACCUUGAGGUCAUAGCAGCUACUUGUGUUAUAAUUCCCUCCUGAUUCAGACGUGCUAUCAGCAAGAUUAACAGUCCUGGGGGGUUUUGUUUGGUUUUUUUUUUAAAUACUGAUGACUUGCUAGUGUUACUGUCAGCAACAGCACUGGAGGAGAAAGCCACUGCAGUCUUUGACUUCAUAGAAAAUAUGGCUCACUGGGAUAGAUGUCGGUAAAGGAGACUUUGCCUUAGGAACUUGAAUUUUAUAUGCUUUUUUAGUAGGCAGUGGAACCCAAUCCAUGGAUUUAAUCAAAUCCAACUCUUACUCCCUUUCUGAGGAAAGUCAGGUGAUAUAUAUAGAGUUGUUUUUUCAUUUAAACAACAUUGGAAUGAAAAAAAAAAGUGCUUGUAGAUGAGUUUAUCUUUAUGUCCUUAACGCACGGACACAAUAUGUGAUGUUGUUUAUUUUGACUUCUAGAAUGUGUAACAAAAGGCUGAAAAUGCUUUUAAAAAAUGUUAUCCAGGUGCUAGAAUCUUUCAGUGUAUUAGGCUUUGAAGUCGAAUUGGCUUUUGCUUUGCAGAACGGUUUGAACAAAAUUAUGCAGUAUAGUGACUGAACUUGUAAGGGCUAAGAUUUGUCUUCAGAUUGCUCAUUUAACCUUUCUUCAUGUAGGCAGUGGGGAUCACAGAAGGUUUGAUAGAAUUUCCAUAGUUGGUGGCAGUGGAAAUUGAGCAUAGCGCCUUACUUAUUUUGCUAAUUACAAGGGUGGGGUUUUUUCUAGGUUUGAAUUUUUAUUUCAGUUUUCAGUAUGGGGAAACAUGAAUGUCACAUGAAGAAAAAGGCGGUCUAUGGCUUAUCUGUACCUUCAGAGUUAAAUAAUUUGCAUGCUUAAGGUUGGAAUUUUUUGUUUGCAUGGUUCUUCGAUCUUUCUGAGCAUGGUGGGGUUGUGUGGGGAAUCCUUAAAACCCCAGUAACUCAUUGAGAUUGGAAUCACUUUAAAUGAAGCUAAACUGCUUGUGUAAAAAUGCGUCUAGUUGAGAAUGAACACCAGACGCAGAGAAGUGCUGUGGUAGACACAGGCUUCACGUCAUGUUGGCUUCCUGUUUAAAAAACAGUAGGCUGGCAAUUUUAAAGGGACAGCGACAAAGUGAUGACCAGGUGCCAAGUGCCAGCUGUCAUUAUUCACCAGAUUGAAGAAGAACUAGAUAAAGAAGAAGAAGAGAUGAUGGUUUUCCUAUGCAGAGACCUUGCUCCUGACUUGGCCAAUGCCAACCUUAGAGACCUUUUGGUGUCUUUGAAUGAGAGGGAGAAAUUGUCUUUUCUUGGCUUGUCUGAGCUGUUAUGCAGAGUUAAGAGGUUUGACUUGCUGAGGAGGAUCUUGAAGACUGACAAAGCAACAGUGGAAGCUAACCUUGCCAGGAGUCUCAGACUUCUCCCUGAUUACAGGGUACUAAUGGUAGAGCUUAAUGAGAAUCUGGAAAAAGAAGAAGUGAAUUCUCUUGUUUUUCUACUCAGAGAUUAUGCACCUCGUAUGAAAAUGGCAAAAGAUAAGAGUUUUCUAGCUCUUGUGAUUGACCUGGAGAAACUCAAUUUGGUGGCUCCUAAUCAACUGGAUUUGAUAGAAAAUUGUUUUCGAAAUAUUCACAGGAUAGACCUGAUUAGGAAGAUUCAGAAGUACAAACAUGAAGCUUUAAUGUCCUCCGUUCAUUCUCAGCCACUAUAUGUAAAUGCACUUCAGGCAUCUCUCCCUAAUCUCAGUCUGAUUGAUCCUCCUUAUAAUUCAGGGAUUCAGAAUGUGAACAAAGAAAAACCACAGAAUGGACAAAGUUUUAUUCUGGCAGAACCAGUCCACGUGUCCAUUCAGGAAUCGGGACCAGUGUCACAUAAGGUGUGUGAUGAUCAAUACAGAAUGCAAAGUCAACCUUUAGGAAUAUGCCUGAUAAUAGACUGUAUUGGCAAUGACACAGAUUUGUUGGAAGAGACCUUCAGAGGCUUAGGCUAUGACAUUCUUUGUCACAGAUAUUUAAAUAUGAAUACCAUGAGUCAAACAUUGCUUGAAGUUGCAAGGUUGCAGAAGCACAGAAAUUGUGACAGCUUCAUCUGCAUAUUGGUCAGCCGUGGAAGUCCUCAGAGCAUCUUCUGUACAGACCAUACCUUUUCUGGAUUCCCUUUGGAACAAAUAAAGAAAUACUUUACAGCAGACUCAUGUCCUGAACUCCUAGGAAAACCGAAGCUUUUUUUUAUUCAGAGCUACAUUGUGCCAGAAAAUGAGCAAGAAUGUACUAGUCUGUUGGAAGUAGAUGGUAAUGAUGAGAAAAUCAUUGCUAACGCAAAAAUCCCUUGCAAAGUCACUAUCCCCCAAGUAGCAGACAUCUUUUGGAGUCAGUGCAAGGUGGAUGUGUCUACGCUAGAAAAAUCUCCAAGAUCAUCCUCAUAUUAUCUGCGCUGUCUGGCUGAGCUACUCCGCAAUCCUCAUAAAAGGAAACUCUCUAUAUUAGAUAUCCAUACGGAACUAAAUGGAAAAGUCUAUGAAUGGAAUAAGACCACUGACCCAAGCCAACAAUACUCACUUUUGCUCCAGCACACACUGAGGAAGAAACUUUUUCUUUCUCCCACUUAACUGCUGUUGGAAAGGACACCUCUGAAGUGGCUAACAAGAAACACUUACUAUGACCCAGACAGUUUCACACAUAUUUCCACUUUAUGCAUUGUUGUUGCAUGUACAUCUAAAGUACCCAUUGCUUCCAAAUCCUGGAAUUUAGAAACGUUUUGGUGUGCUUUUGCAUGUGAUGAGUACUUCUGCUACCUUAUAGACAACCAAAAACAGGGAGAAUGGAACCAAGAGGAGGCAGAGAGAUGAGGGAAAGAAAUACAGAAAUUUCAAGCAGGAACAAGGAGAGUGGUUGGGAGAACCAAGAGAACAAGUAGGGAAAAGAAGAUUUGGAGGAGAAAGACAGCAUCGGUAUUGGAAGGACAAAGAAGCAAAGAGAAGUGGGAGAAAGGAAGUAAGAAUAAUAGUGGCUAUCCUUACAGGAUCUAACAAGGUGGUGGGUUUUUGUGGGUUGGUUGGUCUGGGUUUUUUUUGAGUUAUGCUGUAUACAACUAUUUAUUUAAAAUAUUAGCAAUAGGAUAUACUCUGUUUCUGAUAGUUUUGUGACAAGAUAGGUUUGGUUUGGGGGUUAUGAAGUGUACAUGUUUUUUGCCUUAAGUGCCUGACACAGUAAGUAAAGUCCUUGUCCGUUCUCUUAAGAAAUGACAAAGAAAUGCUGUUUUGAAAACUGUAGAGGCUCCCGUAAAUUACCCUUGCAGUGAAAAAGUCUCUUUGUGUCUGACUGCUUGGGUUGGAAGUGAUCACAGCCCCCUAAUGACCAAAGAGCUGUGGGGACAUGUCAUGUAUUGUGCAACAUUCAUGGAUGUCAGAUAUUAAUUUUCUACACUGAUGUCUUGACCCUCAGUAGAUUCUUAAACCAUAGGAAUGCUCAUUCUGUAAUAAUUCAUCCAAGUAUUUAUUGCCUUGACAUCUCUUUCAAGGGUGGCAUGUGGGUAGAUUGAUUCCCUACAUAGUGAAAAGUAGCACUGAAGUCAGUACUUAUUAACACACAGGAAUUUUGUGAUGCCAGAAGUUGUCUGUCACUUCUCCCAUAGCUUUUGUGUCCCUCUGUGCCGGUGAUAGGAACUGUCUGUUCGUGCAGUACUGUGCAUGUAAAAUUUGAGUCUGGAAAAUGACUGGAUGCAGGGCCUAAGUUGCAUCAAGUUGUACACGUAUUGCAGGUAGAGUGGUUGAAUGAUGUCAAACUUCUGUUCAGUAGCCAAAACAAAAGAGGGAAAAGAAUUAAUUCUGGAUCCGUCAUGAGUUUAGAAUGUUAGUCACAUGCUGGUGAAAUGUCAUGGUCAUGGACUGCCAAAACAUCUAGUUUUCAAAACCCACUGUUGAACAAGAUAAAACAAACCACUCUUGCUCCACUGGUGCAUUGUCAGCGCUUGGAACAAGGCUGUCAGGCUCACUGCUCUGUGGCACUGAAUUUCAGUUUUCCUGUCUGAUAACUGAAAUAAACAUUUGUUGUACUUCUGUAUGUGCUGUAUAUAUGGAAGAGGGAAAAGAGAAUUGGCAGAAUUAUAGAUGAUGUCUUUCAGUAGCUCAGAGACCCAUGAGGCAGGAGAUUCUGUGUUUUGCAUGACUUAGUUUGCAUGAUUUCUCUCAGCCACCUACAUUAACAUGACUGAGCCAUAAAUCCAGUUUACUUUGUACUGUUACAUACUUAUGCCUUACAACGGUUGCCAACUCAUUAUCCAGAAAAUAAGUUAGGUUCAAGGGGAAGUUCAAGUGUUAGCAGUUGUAGAUGGAGCAUGCUGUAUGACUUAUUCCCCCUUUCAACUCUGCAUAAGAAUUAGCAGUGACUUCUGUUACAGAUACCUGAGCCAGAGAAGCUUUUUGUGACAGUUUAUGGUAAUUCGUUUUUCUAGAGUUUUACAUUUCUGACAUGCAGGAUGAUGUUGCUGAGAAGACGCUGCUGUCUGUGUGGAUGAUCCGCUGUGUAUCUGAUUAUGUUCCAUUUAAACUGUAUCUCCUGUACAGAAUUAUUUGACAGCUUUUCUGUGGCUGUUUUGGAGAAUGUCUUUUUUUCAGUUUCUGUAUUAGAAUCAGUAAGACAUUACAAGUCUUUUAGGAAUUA